AUGCCACAACUUGAUGAAGUUCAAAAGCUCACCCCAAAGGCUGUGGGUCAACCACAGGCUCGUCACAGUAUUGAUCUCAUCAGCUCCCGACCGCUGGGCUUCUACCUAGAACUAUUCCCGUCAUGGUUUGUUCCUAGAAGAAGGUCUCGUCAUCACAAUCUAGUUCCUCCUGGUCUCAGAGAUCCAAGCCAGCACAUUCUUGCAGUGAUUCUGCCCAAGGUUGCGCUGCAGCUGGAGAAAUCUGAAGGCGUGCACACAGAAAUGAAUGCAGAGAAUGAAGUGAUAUAUGCCAACUUGGAACAUCCCCGCUUGAGGAAACAGAGAAACAGACACAAAAGGAAAGGUAACAAAUACACAAAUGGAAAAAAUAUGUCUUCAUCAGGAAUUGAAGAUUUCACAACUUUACAACAUAAUCAAGGGAAAUAUUGUGACAUAUACCCAGGAAAAUGGUCCUGCUGUGAAAAGAGCUGUUAUUAUUUAUCAACAGAAGAGAAAACUUGGGAACAGAGUAAAAAGUCCUGUCAAGGGCUGGAAUCUACUCUCAUUAAGAUCACUGGCAAAGAGGAGCAGAGAUUCAUACAAUUAAAAAUAAAAUACAGCUAUUGGGUUGGAUUGCAUAAAAAGAGGGGGAGCAGUGUCUGGACGUGGCUAGAUGGCACCAGGCCUUCUCCAGAACUGAAUUUUCAACCAUUUACAUCUGGAUUGGAUGAAAAAUGUGGACACCUGAAACCAACCAACAUAGUGGCGGCUCUUUGCACUAGAGAAUUUUAUUACAUUUGUGAAAAGAAAAGUUCUUCAUAUUGAAAAUAAUGGAUAUACUAAAACUCUAUAUUUUUAUCAUUUAAAAGAUGGGGAUGAUGGUGGUGGAGACUUAUCGCAGAUAGGGCUUGCACACAACUGACCUGGGUUCA